AUGGAAUUCCAUUUUCAGAUCGGCCAAGAAAUUGUCACCAGCGACUGCCAGACAAAGCUAAUAUGUCGCCCCGGAGGAAAACUGGAAAGGACUGAAUUGAAGCCGUGCGGUUUUAAUAGCAAAUGUGCCCUUCUAAGCGGGGUAUAUCAAUGUGUUUGUGAUAAAGGCUACGAGUUCAUUGAAGGAGAAUGUAAAUCACUCGCUUCCCAGGAAAUGGUUGAACCAUAUGCCGCUUGUGUAUGCUACAGCUCCAAGCUUAAUAACCUGACAUUGUCAUCAUUUCAUGGUGUUUGCAAAUUUACUCUUGUCAAAAACGACCAUCCUUACUACAGAGUGAUUUUGAACAAUGAGUAUGUCGAUUACUGCGCAAAGAAACCAUGCAAAAAUGGCGCCAUAUGUACAAAUAAGGAUGAUAACUACAUCUGUACAUGUAAAGCGGGUUAUGAAGGAAGGAAUUGUCAAAUACCCAAUCCUUGUGGACUGAAACCAUGCAAAAAUGGUGCCGAAUGCACAAAUGACGGAAAAGAAUUUAUCUGCACAUGCACGCCUGAAUUUAUGGGAAAAACUUGCAUUGAAGUGAACCCGUGUGGACUUAAACCUUGUAAAAAUGGCGCCCAGUGUUUCAAUGAAGAAAAUAAAUUCAGAUGUGUUUGUACAGCUGACUUCAUGGGACCAACCUGUGUUGAACCCCCGAGCCUAGAACGGAGUAGGAAACUUAAUAUUCUUAUUGGCUGCCUACUGCAUCUCUUACUACAUUUACAUUUCAUCUGCUUCUCUGUCACUUAUCUUUUCUUAAUGCUGCUGUUGAAGCCGUGCUGCGAAGCUUUUCUGACCUCGCUGUUGAUUUAG